CCUCCACCCCACCUCCUAUCCCACCACCAUCAACAUGAGGCCAACACCGCUCCUUUCCAUCUCUCGCUCACUGCCGGCGCUCAACGCCCCUGCCACAUCGACCUCGGCGGCCCCUUCGCCCUUUACAGUGGCUCACAAGAGCUACGUCAAGAGUCUCUACAAGAGGUAUCUCACUAAUGAACUCAACUGGUGCAUCAGGAGGGACGUUUGGAGGGAUAGAGCAAUCGAGAUUAGGGCCGAGUUCGAGCGCAAUCGCUACAUUCGUAACCCUAGAGAGCUGGCUAGGGUGCUGGAGGCAGCAGAGGAGCGUUUGAAGGAUAUCGCCCACCCCGAUCCCUACAAGCCGCCCAUGGGUGAAGACGGCACAAAGUGGGAGCGCAACAUUCCCCCACGCAUGUUCACAGAGGCAGAGAAGCGGGAGGCCAUUGACAAUCAGCACUUCUAGAGAGCUGAUUGUUAGGUGUCACGACUGGAGUGAAGAAAAGGGAAGCGGUGUGAACAUUGUCACAGCUGGUCGUCUUGGCUGUUAGGAGGAGCGUUUUGGACGGACAAAGGCAAGCUUGAGCAAGGUGGCUCGAUACGUCUAGUGGAUUGAUAGCGAGCUUCAUUGGCGUAAUGACAAAAGCAAAGUAUUGAAAGAGCUGUACGACAAACGAGCGAGUGAACAGAGAUACGAGGCGAGGUGUCUGCCGCCAAGUACUGAGAAUUGCAUACGAUAGCUCGCC